CCAUACUGGCUACUGAGGAUACUAACUACUCUCAGCCAGGAGAUACAGAGCUUACUGGCUACUGAGGAUACUAACUACUCUCAGCCAGGAGACACAGAGCUUACUGGCUUCUGAGGAUACUAAUUACUCUCAGCCAGGAGAUACAGAGCUUACUGGCUACUGAGGAUACUAAUUACUCUCAGCCAGGCAAGUGAUGGACUCUGUUGAUUUGGACGGUUUGUGUUUUCAUGUCAAUUCAAAGAUUUCUCUAAUCAAGAAGACCCUACAGUUAAGGAAUAUAGGGCAGGACCCCUCUAUGACAUGUGUGCUUAAUAAAGUGGCUUAUGAGAUGCAUGGGUUGUGCGAGCUUCUUAAUAAAGUAGAAACAGAGGUUCAGAGGCAGGAGACCAUUGCGAAUUCCCUGAAGGAGCUGAACUCUGCUCUUGCUAUUGACUUUGCUGAAGCCGCUCACCUUAAGGAGAAUAUUCCGACACAUCUCCCAAAGAAAGCUCCCAGCAGUGAUUCUGCUAAUAGGUGUGAGGAGACAGAGGCUGCCGUUAAGGUUGUCGCGCCUCCUGAGCCCGCGAAGAAACCUCCUAAAGAAAAGGCCAUUAAGGAAAUGGAACUGCUCACAGUGCAAGAGUUUGCAAAUGUCCCUGCAUACAUGAAAAAUCGUCUACCAUAUGAGCAUAUUAACAGCCUUAUCGAAGACAUAAACAAAGCUGUUGUUGGAAAGUAUAAGAUCCUUUACCAACCAUUGAAAUCUCUGAACAAUGUGGCUCGAAAACAGCUGUGCAGGUUUAAGGAGGAGGAGACUAAAGACACUAAAGGGCAGUUUUUCGUUGUUGAUCAAGAUAUAAGAGAGUUUACUCAAGUGAAGGUCGACAAACGUUACCAUAGUAUGCUGAGCAUUUUACGGCAUUGUCACCGUAUACGAGAGAUACGUAGUAAAGGACUAGUGCGCUAUGUGGUUUCCUAAUAAAAUAAUUAAUUUAAACCCAUGAGAACUU